AUAUCAGUUACUGUUAGUUUACACCGAUCGCGUAACAAAGAUCGUUGGCGUUUAUAUCGCUCUUUUUCUCUCUUAUCUUCUUUUAUUUCUCUAUCUUCUCUUAUUUUCACGUCUAUCACUUCCGCCUUCCUCUACCCUCUCCCUCUCCUGUCUCACUUUCUUCUCAACUUUUUUUUCUCAAAAUCUGUAAAUUUCGCCGCUGCUUCCUCCCUUUCUCUCAUCUCACUUUUCGUCUGCAAAGUUGUUUCGUUAUUACUCAAAACCGAUUACCACCUGAUAAAAUUCGAGUGACCGAUUCUUCGAGGUAUUUUUUUCGUUCGUGUCCGACUGCAAUUUUUUUUUUCGAUGUUGGUGUGAUUUUGUUGUUGUUGCGCGAAUUUAUGACGGAAUUAUUUUGGGUAAUUUUUGGACUAACUUAAUGGGAGGAGUGAUAGUGGUGCAUUGGACGUCUUGGACUAGUGUGUGUUGUUCAUCUUUUGUGCAAUGGAUGCCUUUCCCAAAUCAGUCAUUGUUCGGACUCGUCGGAAACAGACUAAACCUCAACGGAAAAAAAUGGAUGCCGAAUACGAAGACAUGGAUGACUUACAUGGCGAAAGUUCACUGCCUGAGAGCGACGUAAUGAGUCCGGAUUCCAAUCAUAAUUUACAACUGACGUGCAACGAGAGAGCAACCGCUGCCAUAACUGCCAAAUUCGCUCAUAUUAGAAACGGAUCGAUUGAAGAUGAUCAACAGCAAGCGAUGAUGGAAGCGAUCGAGGCGAUGGAAUCCAUCAAAGUGAUGAAUGGUAUCAAGCAUGCGGAUGAUAGUUUUGAUUGUGAGUCACAAGAUGGUCAGCCGUCGUCGCAGAAGGACUAUAUGGCUGAUACACCCAGUUCUGAUCUCGUGAUAGAUGAGCGGUCGUUGGGAAGUCAGAGUAUUGCGAGGUCUGAUUCGCCCGAUUUGGAUAGCUGUCUCAAGUUGGAUGAUACUGAUAAAGUUCCUUUGACACCCUCGGUGACCAGUAAUCCUGUAUUUAAAGAGAGUUUGCCUUUUGACAAUUCAUCAUCGGGUGAACCUGAAUCGUCGGACUAUUCUUCGGCUGUGAAAUGUCCACAUUGUUUUAAGAAUUUCGUAUCGUACGAUGUACUAAAAGAACAUUUACAAAUAUGUCGACCCGAUAGACCAGUCGCUUAUCCUUGCGUACAAUGCAAUGCAGCAUUCUCAACCCGAGAUCAGCUGGAUAAACACGAGCAACUCCAUUCUCCUAAUGCUCAAGUGGUCCCUGAUCAAGUAUCAAAUCACUCUUGCCAUUUGUUCAAAUCGUGUAAAGUAUGCAACAAAACUUUCGCAAAUGUGUACAGACUUCAAAGACACAUGAUUAGUCACGACGAAAGCGCAGUUUUACGUAAAUUCAAAUGUCCACAUUGUGAAAAAGCCUUCAAAUUCAAACAUCAUUUAAAAGAACACAUUCGUAUCCACAGCGGUGAAAAACCAUUCGAAUGUAACAACUGCGGCAAACGAUUCUCGCAUUCUGGAUCGUAUUCGAGUCACAUGACAUCGAAAAAAUGCCUAAUAAUGAAUUUAAAAGUCAGCAAUCGUAAUAGAAACAACGACACGAAGGUGUCGAACGGACCUCAACAACAAACCGCUACCAAUUACCCGCCCAGCAAUCGUAUUAGUCCCAGUAAACAGAAAUCAAUUACUAAUUUAGCCAACAACAUCAACAACAAUAAUAAUAACAACACUAAUAAUAAUAAUAAAAACACCGCCAACAACAACAAUAACAACAAUAAUAUCUUAUUCGCACCGAUAUUACCAAAGUACAACGAAGGUCACGGUAUACUGAUCCCUAAUUACGCGAAUUCUGCAGCCAUCUCGAACAACCUGCAUUCGUUCUAUUUGCCCUCCAGUUUGACGAUGAAUCAGCAUAAUUUGCCUUACGCGUUUCCGCCGUCGUUGAGCCAUUUGCUGGAGCAAUUCUCGAUGACACCGUUGAACGUCAAUUACCAAGAGAGUAAAGAUCGAGGCGAAGAUGGCGUUUUGCAGAACGGCGACGUAAUCAAAAAAGAGUCGAAGUCCGAAGAAGAAGACGAAGACGUGUCGAUGAAAUCGCCUCAGUCUAUGGAUGAGAAACGUCCGGAUUUAGAAGCAGUCAAACGUAUCCUAGAAACCGUCAACGUUAAUGUUACCAAACACCUUUUCGGCAGCGCUAAUAUACCGACGAAAUUAUCCUCGGCGUCGUGCAGUUCGGGUUGCCCGAGUAUAUCUAGCGAAGUUCCAUCGCCCGCAGUCGACGAACAGUCGACGACCAACGAACACUGCUGUAAAUUCUGUUCUGCAAGUUUGGGUUCGUAUGACGAACUACAACAGCAUGAGAAACACUGCGGCUGCAACAGAGAGGAAAAGAAACCCGAAGGAUUGGCUGCUAAAUUAGUAGAUGUCGUUUCCAAUCACCGGGAAGAAACCAACGGUACGUCGAAUUGUAACAGCGACAGUGAAGAAGAUACGCCAGGCUGUGGAAAAGAGUACAUGAUGACCGAAGACGAGGACUCUGAAACAAUGGACAGUCGUAAAGUACGCGUACGUUCGCAAAUCUCCGAAGAACAUCUCAUCAUCCUAAAACAAUACUACGCCCUUAAUCCGCGACCCAAACGCGAAGAAUUGGAAAACAUCUCCCAAAAGGUCGGCUUCCCUGUACGAGUUGUCCAGGUUUGGUUUCAAAAUAACCGAGCUCGAGAUCGCCGAGAAGGGAAAUUAGUCUACUCUCAAUACAAGUCAACGUAUCCGUCGUUCGCUCUCACUUCGCUGAAUCCGAACACGGAGUUCUACUCUUCGCCUACUUCGUCACCGCAGAUCUCAACCGAUCAGCCUUUAGAUUUAUCUACGAAAAAAUCAUUCAACUCUAGUCCAAUGACAUCGCCGUAUCGAUACGAUUCGGACGAAUGCGGCGCCGUAAACUUAUCCCGAAAGUCACCGUCCGUACAUCAGAAUAAUGUGCAAUAUGGCGAACGCAAUCAGACACCUCCGUUGAUCGAUAAUAAACUGUCUAGAGGGUUACCGCAGAGAAAUCUUACGCCUAAUGGUACUCCGGCAGGUUAUUUUUCAAUGGAUCGUAUUAUUUAUGUUAAUUCGUCUCAAUCACCGGUUACAUCCAGUAGUCCUAACUACAAUGGUAGUUGUAGUCCGAAUUCGUCUGAUUCGUGGAAACAGGAUUUCCUGAAUUCCAACGAAAGCCACGACAUGAAAUUUGGCGAAGACUCGAUCGACGGCCAAACAAUCGUCACGCCUACGAAGAAAGCUAAGCUAAAUUGUAACGCGGUCGAUUCAGAAAUAGAGGGUCAGUUCUCGUGUGAAUUUUGUGACAAAACUUUUACAAAACAAAGCUCUUUAGCAAGACAUAAUUAUGAGCAUUCAGGUCAACGGCCGCACAAAUGUGAUAUCUGUACGAAAGCUUUUAAGCACAAACAUCACUUAGUCGAGCAUAAACGUUUGCACAGCGGUGAGAAGCCAUUUCAAUGUACAAAAUGUCUAAAAAGAUUUUCACAUUCGGGAUCCUACAGCCAACACAUGAAUCACAGAUUUUCCUACUGUAAGCCUUACAGAGAAUAGGCUAAAAGUCAAAUUCGCCCUUAUUUCAGCGAUGAUUCAUCUCAUUCCAUUAAUGUGUCUUAUUUUUACUUCUCUAAUUAAGCUUUAUUACUCGUAUCAAUUCUCUUUUUUUUUCUCGUCUAAUUUUUAUUGUUUAAUGUUUAACGGAACUUUAUCAUUUUCCUUCUUUUUCUCAUUACCUAUAUUUUACUCGUGCCAUUUGCUUACUAUCUCUUUCUCUCUUUUUUUUCUAGUUUUCUUAAGCUUACCAAAUAUUUUUUUAUUGCAUUUUUUUCAAAAUGUGCGAGUGCAAUAGGUUUUUAAAGGUUAUAGAGUUGAAAAUUAUUUUUAAAAUCGAUUAAAUUUGAUUACAUUGUGAUAUUUUAUAAUUAUUUAUGUAUUAUUUAUCUAAUUAUUAUUUAUGAAAUCUGCGUAUAAAUUCUGGAACAAAAAAAAAUCUCCAAUUUUGUAAUUAGUGAGAAGGAAAUUCAAAAAUCGAUUUACUUAAAAAAUUAUCAUUGUUUUUGAUCGAGUAUAACUUUUUAAUAUUGAAAUUCGCGACAGUAUUUUAUGUAUUAAAUUAAAAUUCACUAUUAUUAUUGUUUUUGAAUUAUUGACCUCGUACCUGUUACAGAAUAUUAUUGUAAGUAGUAAUAUUUAUUACCUACGUCCUGAUUUUUUUUUUUUUUUUUACUUAACGUUGUUUUAAAUUUACUUAUUUUUAUAGGGCAUGUUUCGCAAUAGUUACAAAUACUAAAUUUUGUAUAAAAUACGUCUAGAACGUGUAUCUAUUCCGGCGAUUGUUACCAAAAAAAAUCAAAAUAGGUACGUAUUUAUGUGUUUUUGGUUAAUGUGUGUUCCUUUUUGACGCAACAGCCUUACAUACUGUGAUAGAUAAAAAUCUGUAUCCAGUUUUCAACGAAAUUGAAAUCCGCUGAAUAUGUUACACCAUUUGUACUAUAUUAUAUAUUUUUUUUUAUACUUAAAAAACAAAAUGUAAUCGAGUGAGCUUAUAUUUUUAUUUAAGAACGCAUUGAUGCUAAAAAAAAAAAUUGAUGUAAAUAUAUGUAAAAACAAAAAAAAAAUAGGUAAAAAACACAAAAAAAAUCCGUAUUUGAUUAAUUAAUCUCUACAUUUAUAUAGUCAAUAGAAUAUAUCGUUUGUGAUUUUGUAUAUGUAUACAAUAUACAUACCGAAAUGGAACAAUUUUUUUGAACGUCUUCCAUUAACAAGCUCCGGUUUUUGAAAUAGUCCUAAUGUGAUACCUUUUUACGUUAAACGUAAAUCUCUUCUAAAUUGUUAAAUUUUAUAAGUAUUUAUUUUGUAUGAGAGAGCAAAGGGAAAAAAAGGUCACACAUUGUUCUGCUUUUAGAAGAAUUAAAACUUCACCAACAGCUCUAGUCAGUUAAAAUUUAAAUUUUCAUCUAUGUUAAAUUUAUUUGUGUAUUUAUAAGAUUUUUUCCGAAUGUUAAUUUUUUUAUUAUUAUAUUCUUCCCCGAAAUAUUUGAUGACAAUAAUUGGACGGAAUUACCUACCUUAUAAUCUUUGUACAUGUGUAUAUUUUUUUUUUAAUGGAAAAGAAGUGUAUAUUUUCGCAUACAGCAGUAUUUACGUAUUACGAAAUUUUUGGAUUACUAUCUAUAUUUGUUUUUUGAUGCUUGAAAAUGAAUAGUUUAUAGACUUUAAGUUGUACUUCGCGACGAAAAUAUAUAUUUUAUGAUGAAUUGAAUUACUUCGAGCAUUGUUAAGCUUAUUGUAUAAAUUUUUUGUAGGUUGGAAAUGAUUUUUAAUGAAUACCUCGUCGUGAUUACGAUAUGUAUUAUUUUUUUUUAAUUUAUUACUAUUUUUUUUUUUUUUUUUUUUUUUUGAAUUGAAUUGAUUUGAUUUGUAAGUAUACAUUCAGAUAUGCCAUUUUACUAUACUAAAAUAUUUCCAGCUGUAUUAUCAUUAAUUAAAGAAGUAAGACAUGUUCAAUACUUGUAUGUAAAUAGCAUAUUUUUUCAAAUACAUAUGUCAAACAAUAA